AUGUUUGGUGGCCCAGGAUCUUCUCUUUCGAGAUGGUAUAUAAACGAAAAAAGCUCCCUUAGAAUUGUCUUCAUGUUGAGAUUCAUAGCACGGUGUCUUUGUAUUUUGCUCAUACUGAACCUAUGCCUAUUACCGCUGCGAAGACCAAUCGCGUGCUACAUCCAUUACAUCCUCUUACAAUGCCCAUCUGGCGCAAGUUGGUGCAUUUUAUGGUGGCAAAAGUCUGCAUACCUGGAAAAAGUAAUCUGGAAGCUAAUAGAUUAUAUUGAAAGUACCUAUGAUAUAUAG